UAUGAAAGGUCCCGCCCCCGCGUAUUGUUUGUUGAUGUCUGUCUGCUCUAAUUUUGCCAGUACUUCAACGCCACUGCGGCGAGGGUGACGUUUAUUUGGACUUUCUGGAAUGCAUGCGGCGUAGUGGGACGACUUAAUCCUUUGGACUUUAUUGCACCCAAGCUGUUAUUUGCAUUUGGUCCGUGGUAGGAUCUGUCGAGCUUCUAGCGCCGGUUUCUUCCCGGUAGAUAACGAGGAGCUCCAUGGGCUGAUUCCAGGCUGUCUGCGCCGGCCUCGCAACCUUUACACCUCCUGGCCGAGCGAGUCUUAAGCAUCUGGGCGCUUUUUACCUAAGAAAAAAGAAAAACAAAAUUAACGCCAGGACCCGAGUUGAGUGUCCACUGGAAAGGAUAUGGCAUCAGUGGUUGAAGUCUUGGAGAACUAAAGGAGGAGAUUUUUCAUCCCUUUCAUUGCCGCGCACUUGUAUUAGUGCUGUCGACCUCAAGAAAGCUUUUUUUUUAUUUUUUGUGUUUAAUUUUUCGACGCGGGUUUGCACUUUAUAACCCCAAUCUUUCUUCUUCAAAGAGAUGGGACACAGGGGAGCGAGGGAAGGAGGCCCACUUUGACGUAGACAUUGGGCUUUAGCCCUCUGCUCCCCUCGUAACACUCAAUACUGUAUAUUUAUCCCCCACCUCACCCAACCCCUUUGCACCCCUUUCGUGGGACUGCUUUUACUUGUCGCUUUGCUUCACUUCUUAAGAUCACUGGCACAAGAUGUAUAAUCCAUUUGUCUGAUACAGAAUCUAUUUUCCUGUCUUAACUUGCAUCAUUAAAGAAAACUUUGCCUUCAGGAGUUUCGUUCUCAUCCCCUGAACGUUUAGAAAGAAAAAAAAAAAUGGAGGGUGCAGGGGUCACCGGACAGAAGAUCAGUCCAUUGGCCCGAGAGCUCAACCGUAUUUUCAGCAACUACAAUAAGCAUUCCAACCUAUUGAAAAAGAACCUGAAGGAGACUAACAAGUUCUUCCGAGAAAUCAAGCAGCACUACAGCAACUCGUGCGGCGCCUCGGCGUUGGAUGCUGGGCACCUGGGUUGCAUAUCAUUCCCGAAUCAUGAAGAAGAAUAUCUGCAAGCAACUAUUGGCUGCACACCUUACAUUAUUAUCCUUGGUCAGAACUGUACUGCAAAGUACCAUGUGGUGAAUGGGCUGCUGGGGGAGCGCUUGCUACCUGUUUCACUGUCCAGUUCAGGCCACUCUGGGGCAUGCCAGGGGAUGGGUAGCUGCAAGAGGCGUCGCUUGCGCUUCACUUAUGGUCGCCAAACCCGACUGAGCUUGGCUUUACCUGGUCAAUAUGAACUGGUACACCAACUGGUGGCCCAUCGUGGCCGCUGGGAAACGAUCCCGGAUGAGGACUUGGAGAUCCAGGAAGAGAGUGAAGACCCAGCCCAGAGGCUGGCUGAGCUGGAGGUCACACUUCCACAUCAUUUGCUUCAGGAAGCUCGAAUCCUGGUCGCAUCUUGCACUCUUGUUCAGCCAUUGGAGACAGUUGUUGAAGACUGCCUCAAAAACAUUGCACCCAUCAUUGUCUAUGCCACUUGUGAAGAGACACUUACACAGCAUCAGCUGGAUGACCUACACCAUGUCCAGGAUAUUGUUCCUUUCCCCAUCUGUUUCACACGUGUGCCAGGCAGUGUUCGGCCUGCUUCUGCUGAACGAGAAAAAAGUGCUCUUUAUAUGCAGCUGAUCUCUCAGGGCUUCCUCAGUAGCAUGGCAGGUAGUUGCUCCUGUGGCAUCUCCUCCCAGCAACAGUCAGUGACAGCCAAACCCCAAAAUGUACUCUGUGAGACAUUUGAGAGGUUACCUCGAGUAUUGGCAGCAUUUGCGCGCCAGGUUUUGCAGAACCAACAGGUUGAGGCAGCCACAAUGCUGAAUCUGGUGCACUGCCGCUGCUUGGACAUUUUCAUCAACCAGGCCUUUGAUAUGCAACGGGAUUUACAGAUCACGCCUCGUCGACUUGAGUAUGCACGUGAAAAAGAAAAUGAGCUGUACCUAUCACUGAUGGGCAUUGCCAAUCGUAAACAGGAAGAAAUGAAGGAUAUGAUUGUGGAGACACUGAGUAGCAUGAAGGAUGAGCUCUUGGAAGAUGCUGCCAACCUACAGUUUACAGAUAUCAUCAUUCCUCCGAAUGGCGAACCAGUCAGCACCAAGGACAUCAAGUCAUGUAUCAGGCAGAUCCAGGAAUUAAUUGUGCUGAGACUAAACCAGGCUGUGGCCAACAAACUUAUCAGCUCUGUAGAUUACUUGCGGGAAAGCUUUGUGGGGACCCUGGAGAGAUGUUUAUCUAGUUUGGAGAAGUCAAAUCCAGACAUCUCAUCCCAUAACAUUACUAGUAAUCACCUUAAACAGAUCCUGAAUGCAGCCUAUCAUGUUGAGGUCACAUUUCACUCUGGGUCGUCUGUCACUAGGCUGGUGUGGGAACAGAUUAAACAGAUUAUUCAAAGGAUCACUUGGGUCAAUCCACCAGCCAUCACCUUAGAAUGGAAACGUAAAGUGGCCCAGGAUGCUAUCGAAAGCCUUAGUGCUGCCAAGCUUGCCAAAAGUAUUUGCAGUCAGUUUCGCACAAGACUCAACAGUUCUCAUGAGGCCUUUGGUGCCUCACUGCGACAGCUUGAAGAAGGUCAUACUGGGAGGCUGGAGAAGACUGAGGAUCUGUGGCUGAAGGUUCGAAAGGACCAUGCCCCACGGCUGGCCCGUUUGUCCUUAGAGAGCCGCUCUCUCAGAGACGUUUUAUUGCAUGGAAAGCCAAAGCUGGGCCGGGAGUUGGGCCGUGGACAAUAUGGAGUGGUGUACCUGUGUGACAGUUGGGGUGGCCAUUACCCUUGUGCUCUUAAAUCUGUUGUCCCCCCGGAUGAUAAACACUGGAAUGACUUGGCCUUAGAAUUCCACUAUACAAGGUCUUUACCAAAACAUGAGCGUCUGGUAGACUUGCAUGGCUCAGUUAUUGACCAUAGCUAUGGAGGUGGUUCGAGUAUUGCAGUACUGUUAAUAAUGGAGAGGCUACACCGUGAUCUCUACACUGGAAUCAAGGCAGGGUUAUCGCUGAAGGAGCGCCUGCAGAUUGCCUUGGAUGUGGUAGAGGGAAUCAGAUUUCUUCAUAGCCAAGGUCUUGUCCAUCGGGACAUAAAGCUGAAGAAUGUAUUGCUUGACAAACAGAAUCGGGCAAAAAUCACAGACUUGGGUUUCUGUAAACCAGAGGCUAUGAUGUCUGGAAGCAUCGUUGGAACUCCAAUUCACAUGGCCCCUGAGCUUUUCACUGGGAAAUAUGACAACUCUGUGGAUGUCUAUGCUUUCGGUAUCCUAUUCUGGUAUCUCUGUACAGGAUCUGUAAAGCUGCCAGAGGCAUUUGAAAGGUGCUCCAGUAAAGACCAACUAUGGAACAAUGUUAAGAAAGGAGCAAGACCAGAGCGUCUCCCCACAUUUGAUGAAGAGUGUUGGCAGCUCAUGGAGUCCUGCUGGAAUGGAGACCCUUUCAAGAGGCCCCUCCUAGGAAUUGUGCAGCCUAUGCUUCAGAGCAUUAUGGACCGUCUCUGCAACAGCUUGGAUAGAAAAAGCCAAAACUUGGAAGACUCUAACUGACAGCCUCUGGCACAUGAAAUGAGGCAAUAGAUGAAAACCAUGAGUAAGGAAUCCUCAAUCCAGACCAGAGACUAUGCUUGCAGUUUUAUCUAAGACUUUAUUAAAAAUAGAAGUAUCCCAAUUGUAGUGGAUAUAAAUGUAAUGACACUUGGCUUCUGUAGUUUAGACAGAGACAAGAUUUUUAUAAAAGAAAUGAUGGCACAUAGUACACAUUCACCAUUUCUUUUAGCUAGUACAGUAUUUAAAUAUGUAUUGUUUGAUUAUAAUGUAUUCCAAAACAUAUAACUUUUUUUAAUAAAAAAAAACUCUAAUAUAACUUGCCAUAA